ACAAUGUACGUGAUAACAACAAUGACACGAUAUAUUGACUUAUACAUAUACAAGGUUAUUAUCAUAAUCCCCACAUUAUUAAAAUUCUAUCUCUAAUUUCGUGACAACACUUCCUCGAAAAAUUAUUAUCUGAUAGCAAACACGCGUCAUAUCGAAUGAUUACUCAACUCUAUUCAUACUUUGAGUCAACAUCGAUUAUUACAGUCUUCGUUCAAAUCCCUUUCACGAUGGACGGAAAGAAAAAUAUUAUGAAAAUACUAUUUAUUAUUUUAACAUUUUUUUCAAUUUUUACUGAAAUUACAUGUGACCGAAUUCCUUUAAUCGAAUUAAAUGCUGGAGAUGUUAUUAAUAUUUAUAAUUUAAAUAAAACAACGACUGAAAUUGUUGGUAAUAUAUUUAAUAACAAUCGUGAUCAAUUAUCAAAAUAUGUUGAUGUAGAGAAGCCGAAAUAUCUUAAGUACCAACAAUUCCAAACACUAUAUCAUUGUCAUGAAACGUUUCAUGCCAAUAUUUAUCCGGUUAUUGAAAAUAGUAAUGGAACAAAAAUGACGAUUAAUAACACUGAGAAAUCGAGUGGAAGUUUUUUGGGUAUAGAUGAGAAAUAUGUGAAUAAAAAGUAUUUGUGUCUGUCAUUUAAAGAGUGUGGUGUGAAAGUUGAGGAGAAGGUUUCAAUGGAUUUGAUUGAUGAAAGUGAUUUUCCUGUAGAAGUCAAGCUUCUAACAAACAAAACAGGGAUUUUUAAAGUGAAGAGGGAGAACGAAACUCAUUAUGUUUCGUCUAUUAUGACGGGCGAUUGUGUAUUUCAGGUUCUCGUCUACGAAGAUACCAAUAUAUCAUCUCGAAGCUUCUUAAGAGAGACUCCUAUCCAUGAGGGCCGAGUACUAGUGUCAAGUAAUAAUAAAACUCUUGAGAUUUGGGUCAAUGAUUUUUUGAAAAACGAACAUCAAUCGUUGAGUAAUAUGAGUUAUGAAAAUAAAGAAACUAUAUUAAAACAAUUCAAUAAUGCGGCUGUCAUUAAGCUUGAACUAAAAUCACUUCCGGAGCUGCCUCCACGACAACGACUAUCACCGCCACCGUCAUUAACAAGUCCAGUCCCCUGGAAAAAUUUAUCACCAGGUGCAACAAUAGACAGAGCCCAGUUAGAUUACAAUUCAAGUUUUGUCAUCGGAAAGAUACUCAACGACUCGUACGUCGAAACACAUGAUUAUCCAGAAUGGCGAGAUUACUUUGAUAUGAGCUAUAAAUUCUUCCUGAACGUAUUCAAUCAGUCACAAUCAUGUCCCGUAUCUGCACUCAAUAAUAAAAAUAAAAAUCUGUCGACAAAUAUUGAGAGCCUCAGCUUUUUCGAGUGUAAACUAGCUCGCGAGUCUUACGGAAUUGAGGGCAAAUAUUUGAACGAACAAUUUAAACGAUUGGAAGUUAGAUUGUGUCGGACUGGCCGAGUGGUUGAAUUAAAAACAAAUCCAUCAUUGAAUAUUAUUAAUUUAGACGAACGUUAUUUGGAUAUUGGCAACAACGUGUUCGUGCAAGAAGACAUUUUGAUGCGCAUCCCAGUGGCCAAUGAAACGCAUUACAUCUCUUCGAUUACCUUUGGAGAUUGUUUGUACCAGGGAUCUACAUAUCAUGUAAGUCAAAGUCAUGGUGACAAACCUGCCAAAAUGAGUCGGCUAAUAUCAGCGAGCGGCAAUUCCUCAUUCGAAAGUUGGGCUGAAAAAAUAAUCAGCGCCAGUAGUUUGCCACACAUUGGUCUCUACCAGAUAUUUAACGAUGCCAAAAUCCGAGAGACACUUUUAAAGGAAUUUAGAACUGAUGAUGUGCUUAGUCUUAAUAUCGACAAAUUGUUUAAAAAACGCUCUCUUCCCUUCCAACCCUCAAUUCAAAAACCUAAUCAUGGAUAUUCAUUGACCAGCUCAGUCAUUAGCAUUUUCUUGCCCAUUAUUUUAAUUAAAUUUUUAACUGAUUAAUUAAUUACUGUUACAAGUGAAGUGUACACGACACCAGGAAAUACAUAAAAAAAAAAAAAAAAAAAGGAUACUAUUAAACAAAAUAACUCCACACCUUAGCGGAUCUGAAUUACCGUAAAUUACCGUAAUUUACCGUGAUUCAGAUCCGCUAGGGAGGUAAAUUAUAUUCAAGGAUAAAAAUAGUUUCCAUUUUUAUACGUCAAAUACUGAUAAUUAUAAAUACAAUAAAUAAUAAUCAUAAUUAUGUGACUUAGCAUUUUUUUAUCAUUCUCGUUAGAUGACAUUACAUUUUUUUAAACGCUUUCAUUUAUAAAUUAUUAAAAAAAUAAAACUUAUUACAUAAGCGCACUGUGAAAUUUUUUCAAUAACGGGGUUAUCAGAUAUUUUUGGCUGGGUUUUUUUCGGAAACAAAAUUUCUCAAUACAAAACACAGACCGCACUUUCAUGCAUUACUGUCUAAUCUAUCAUUUUUACUAUUGUACUUAGUAAAUAUUAUUUAACGCGCUUUAUGAAAGAUGUAUUAUGGCGAGUAAUUUUUACAAUCCAGAUUGUGAUUUUUACAAUCCAGAUAGUAAUUUCGUCCCCACUCCUAAAAUAAUAAUCAUGCGCGUCGGAAGACGCGUAUUCAGGUAAUACUGCCUACUGACGAACAGGACUCACACACACACACACACACACACACACACAUACAUAGAUGGAAUGGGGAAUUCACUUUUAUGAGACGCAUAUACACACAACACUCACACACAUACGUAUACAAACGCGAAAUAAUUUAUAUUCAAAUCAAAGCUUGAAAAUAUAAUUAUUUGCCCGACGUUGGAAUCGAACCCGGUUCUCACUGUUUCUUCACAUCCUGACCAAGUACGUUGACAGCUCAGCCACAAUGACAAUUAGAAAUUCUGAAUUUAUAGCAAAUAUAUGGGUAGGAAACAACAUCAAUGACAUCAUAUACCCUGAACUAAAAAUUACAAUCUCAAAUAAUAAUUUUAUCUCCCGGAGUAGCAAUUUGUCUUACCGACAUUCUAAAAUGUACACUACCCAGAUAGCAAAAUGAAGUCUUGAUGAGUUCUGAAUGAGUUCCUAUUUAUGAUUUGGACGUCUUAAAAACAUGUUAAAGAAGUCUUUAAGAAGUUCUCAAGAUGUCGAAUGCGCCACCUAGGGAACUCAGUAAGACGUCUUUAAAAAAAGUUCUCAAAGAGUUCUUUUUUCUGACUCCGCAAAUAAGACUUCAGAAUGAACUUACCAUGACGUCUUAAGGAGUUCCUAAUUUUGACUUCAUUUUGACUUCAAAAAAGUUAAAAAAAAAAUACAUUAAGUCACAAAACUGACGUCUUAUUUAUGGAGUCUCCAAGAACUCUUAAUUAAGAGUUCUUAAAAAUGACACCUUUAAAGAGUCAUUAUAAGACUUCUUGAAGACUCCUUCAAAAAUACGUCGUAAAGCAGUCAUUCUGACUUGAAUGCUGUCUGGGUACCUAAGUAGAAUUACAUUAGAGAUGUAAUAUUUAUUAACUACGAAACAAAAUUUAUGACUAAUGUACUAAUUUUUAAUAAUUCUAAUUACGAUUUCUACUUUUUGUACGAUUGAACUAUUUUUAUAUGGAUAAGUAAAUAUUAAUUUUUUCCAAGCAAAAAUUUAACGAAGCUUCAAUGUAAUUUUUACAGUUGACUUGAAUUUUUACAAGUGAUAGUAAUUUCAAAUGUAUAUUGUAAUUUUUCAUUUUAGAUAAAAUUUUUUAAUAUCUAAUGAUAAUUAUUAUAAAAUUAAAAAUGAAAUUUUAGUUGAUACAAUUGUACUUUUUAUUAAGUGUGACAAUACCGUUUUAGUUUUAAAUAAAACAAAAAUUACAAUUUAAAAAAAUACAAAUUAUUUAAGUUGUGUCGCAAUUGUUUUUUAAAACAGUAGAUCAAAAACAGCUUGAAAGUUUUAUAAAAGAUCAAAAACAGAUCAAUUAGUUCAAAUACAGACCAAUUAGUCCAAAUUCAGUCCAGUUAGACUAAAAUCAGAUCAAAUUUUUCGACCCGGGUUAAUUUAUGACAAUAUUUAAUUACUUAUACUCAUUUCGUAUUACUGUCGAGAUCAAUAACUAUUGGAUAUUUUGUUUUAUAUAAAUUGAUAUCUUCUUGAUUAUAUGUUAAUUUGUAUUGUUUGGAGAAGAGUGAUCUUGAAUAUGAAUCUUUAUUAAGUUAAAUUUCAAUUGUAUCAUUCAAAGGAGAAGAUAAAGCUGAUCUCAUAUGGAACAUAAAACGUUUACUUUUAAUUUUAAUGGCUUUAAUCCUAUAUACACUGUUAAAAAUAAUUUUAGAAUUACAAUACGAAAGGAAUUGAAGUUUCAUAACUAGAUAUUUGAAUUGUAUUUUCAAUAAAAAAAGCUUCGAAUUUAAUAUACGUAAUUUAAUAAUCAAUCUGGUAUUCAAAAUUAAGAUAAAAAAUAUGAAUUUUAAUAAACGUUUUUAAAAUUUAUACUUGUUUUUUAAAUUUUCAAACCAAGUAUUGAAAAUUCUAAGACAUAUUGAAUUUUAAUGAUUCCAUUUGAAAUUUCAUAAUACUUAUUUGAAAAUUCAAAUGUUUGUAUAUGAAAUUUCUGAGCGUGACGUGCUGCGCGUUCAGUAAUCAAGGAUUGUGUAGUGAAAUAUAUAAUAUAUGUGUGAGUAAUGUGAGCGGUGUACAUCAGACUUUAUUAUUGUUAAGUCUUUAUUUCCUCAAUAAUAUAAAGUAAAUAAAACUUGUGACUGAACUGAACAUCAUUGACAGUAUGAUAAAUGAUAAAAAAAUACAGUAUUAAAUGUGAUAUACAUUGUUAAAAUAAUUGUUUGAAUUUUCAAAACAUUGUACAUAACGCAAUAAACACAUACAAUCGUGUUUGAAAUUUCAUUGUAACGAUCGUAUAGAAUUUAAAAUACACCCUUUUGAAUUUUCAAAUAGACGCUUCAGAUUUUCAAAUACAUUUAUCUAAAAAUUAAAAAGAAAGUAUUUGAAAAUUAAAAAAAAAGUAUUUGAAUAUUAAAAAUCGGUCUAUCGGUUAACCCUGCGGGCCAGCCCCAAAACUUCCCGCUGUUUUCGAGCUCGUUGAGCUCGAAAACAUUAUUGUGAAUACAUUUUCGAGCUCUUCGAGCUCACAAAUACUUUUGUAUGCCAUUGUUUUGUAAAAAACCAUUUUUUAGCAUUUCUUUCUCCCACGAUAUCUCGCGAACGAAUUAACCGAUUUUGAUGUUUGAGGCGGCAAUCGACGUGUUUUAUCAAGUUCUAAGGCUGAUCAAAUUUUGAAAUUAAUUUAUCCAGUCGUUUUUGAGAAAUUUAGAAAAAACCAAAAAAAAAAUUUUUUUUGAAUUCUUUUGUCAACGGUUUCUCUUGAACGAAUGAACUGAUUUCGAUGGUUGAGGUGGCGUUUGACGCGGCUUAUAAAGUUUUUGAGCUGAUUAGAUUUUGUAAUCAAUCCAUUGAGCAAAUUAAAAGUUAUCCAAAUAAAACAUUUUUGAAAAAAUUUUAUUUUUGAAAUAUCUCCAAACGCACCCUACUGAUUAAGCUCAAAUUUUUACAGCUCCAAGAUAUUAACAAGCCGCGUCGAAUGACACCUCAAAGAUCAAAAUCAGUUCAUCCGUUUAAGAGUUAUAAAUAUUUACAUACGUACGUACGUACGUACACACAUACAUACACUUGGACAUCAUCGUGAAAUUAGUCAGGAUAGCUUCCUAGAAUCUCAAAACGUCAAAAUCUGAUAGAAAUUCGGUUUUUGCAAAUCGGACCGAAACCAAUAACUUCCCGAAUUUUUGAAAAUUUCCAAUUUUCUUAGCGGGAAGUUAAAAAAAAGUAUUUGAAUAUUAAAAAACUUGUAUUUAAAAAUCCAAAGUGUUAAUUUGAAAAUUCAAAAACGUGUAUUUUAAAUUCUAUGUGAAAUUACUAAUGAAAUUUCAAGCAUAAAUGUAUGUGUUUAUUGCGUUAUAUAAGGUAAAAGCACCAAUUAUUGACACUGUAAGCGACAAGAUUGCAAUUCCAUUUUUUUAAACAUAUUAACGAUUAAUAUUAUUGAAUUUUAAUUUUAACACUGUCUUAUUUAGUCUUUUAACUAAACAAAUUCAUAUUUUUUUAUAAUAAUAAAUUACAUUUACUAAUUAAUUUAAAGCGAUAAAGUAAGUUACCCGGAUACACCCAUUAUUGACAGGUUAAAAACCCGACUGAUCUAACUAUUGACAUGCUGUUGCUCCAAUUAUUGACACCCUUAAUGCGCAUGCGUCACUGAUCUGUUGAACUUUUUAUUUACUUUUUCAAAUGAGGUUAAUUCUUAAUUUAAUUAAAUAAAUAUUUAUUUAAUAAUGUUUUUCA